ACUAAAUAAAUUUAAAAGUAACUAAGAUGAAAAUAUACAAAUCUGAUCACCAAUACUUAAUAAAAUAAAAUAAAAUUCUUUUCAAACUCGAAAAACGUGCCCACCAAGUUCGACGUUUCCCGCCUUUUUUUCAAAUAAUUGUUUAUUUUUUAUAAUUUAGCCUUAAUAAGACAAAGGGCUUAUACAAAAAUAUUAAAAAAAAAACAAGUCUCAGGUGAUGAGCUAUCAGAGAUCAAUUGAUAUAUGUGAACCGAUGAGAUACCUCAUAUCAUAUCGCUCAGCCUUAUAUCGUCAAUACGACAGGUGGUCGGAGAUGUUGGCGGCCUCUGAAACGGGUGAUGUGUUCGCCCUCCUGGAGGGCGGAGCACGCGGCGGACGCGACACCCUCGACGCGUUCGCGGGCGUGUACGGCGCCGUGCGCGAGCCCUGGCUCACCCGUACGCUGCUCCUCUACCACGCGCGCUCCGGCUCCGUGCGCGCCCUCGACCUGCUGGCGCGUGCGCCCGACAACCACGCGCGGCAUCUGCUGGACGCGCUGCACGACCAGUUGCGCGCGCCCGACGAGCCGGCCCGCCACCACGCGCUCGCCGCGCUCGCGCCGCUCGUCGCCCGCCGCCCGAGCUGGCUGCACCGCCUGCCCGCGCAUCCGGUCGCGCGCGAGCUCGUGCGCGCCGCCCGCCACGAGCGCGACCCGCUGCCGCUGCUGCACGCGCUGCUCGCGCUCGCAGCGCUGCUGCCGGCCGCGCCCGCCUUCGCCGCGCCGCUCUGCCCCGAGCUGGCCGACGCGCUGCUGCGCCCGGCGGCCCUCGAGCCCUCGCCGGCGCCGCCGACGCGGGCCCACCUGCGGCUCGCCCAGCUCGCGCUGUUCCACGUGCUGUACGCGACGCACCCGUGCACGCUGCUGGACGCGCUGCGGGCCGACCUCGGCUCGAUCGCCGCCCGCGAGGCCCGCGAGGCCCGAGAGCGCGACGUCGCGGAUCUGCUCGCGUCCGUGCGGCUGCAUCCCGCCCUGGUGACCGGCUCCCGGCAGCGCGAGGCCGACGCCGCCCGCUGGGCGCGCGUGGAGCCGCACGACGUGCUCGCCGAGUGCCGCCACCUGGAGGUGGACGCGGCCGCGCCGCUCGGGCUCGGGCCGCUCGGGGAGCCGGGCACUCCGCCCCCGCCGCCGCGGCCGCCGGCGUCCCCCGCGCCGGGCUCGGGCGCGCACGCGGCCCGCGCGGCCGGCUCGCUGCGCCCCGGCGCCGAGCCGUGGUUCCCCCUCGGCGACCGCUGCGGCGUCGACUCCGCCCCGAACACGCCGCUGCCGGGCGACGCGGACGCCGCGGAGCCGCCGGAGGCCGCCGUCGAGGCGACGCCGGAGAACACGCCGGCGCGGGAAACGCGGGCGCGGUUCCGUUUCCCGACCGACACGGGCGCGGCGCGCGCGAUCGGCCGCCGCGCGGAGACUUCGCCGGCGGGCGGCGAGGCGUUCUCGGCGCGGCUGGCGCGCGUGGCGCACGAGCGGCGCGCGGCGGACUCGCCGGUGCCGUUCGGGGGAGGCCCGCCCGCCGGGCCGGUGGCGCGGCCGGAGCCCCGCGCUCCCGGCGCCGGGGCCGGCGAUGCGGCCGCCGCGGGCGGGGAACAGCUGGGGGAGGAGGAUCGCGAAGUGCUGGAGCUGACGUCGGGCGACGCGGCGCCGGCGGGCGAGUGGGCGGAGUGCCCGACGCCGGCGCUGCCGCCGCGGGAUCCGCGCGAGGCGGCGGCGGAGCGCGGACGGGGCGGGGCGCGGGAGGGGGCGCGAGAGGGCGCACGUCGGGCGGCCUCGUGCCCGCCGCGCGCUCCGGCGCGCUCUCGCUCGGUCGCGGCGCAGACGGUGGACGCGUGGCCGGCGCCGUACGAGUUCCUCGUUUCCGACUUUUACCGAUGCCCUCCGCCCGCUUCGAAGAAACAUGACGAGGUGGGCGUGGGCGCGUACCUGCGCGCGCUGUACGCGGGGGGUGCGGCGGGUGCUGGGCAUGCGGGGGCGGGUGCGGGGGCGGGGGCGGAGCAGCAGCUGGCGCUGGCGCUGGCGUCGCUGGGGCACGAGCGGUGGCGGCGCGAGGCGCACGCGGAGCGCAACCGGCGGCUGCUGGGGCGCUGCCGGCGCGCGCAGGCGGCGCUGCUGCACAACCACGCGCUGCGCGACCGCGCGCGCCUCAUGCAGCUCGAGCGGGACCAGCUGCGCUCCAGGUAA